AAAGUCAUUUUGGACCCAAUUGAAUAUUGAAAAAGUUGAAGGGGGAAAACUGCUAAAUUGAGCCUUCGUCCUUCUUUGUUCAUCACCAUCUCCUGAAAUUUGGAAUAAUAAUCAUAUAGUAACAACAUCCACCUCUUCUACUCCUGUGCAAAAAUAACAACAAUCUUCUUCCUGUUCUUAGUUUAAUUUUUCUAGUUUGGAUCCAAAAGUAUCUGCAGUUGCCUUCGGAUGCAGUCUUUGGCUUUGUUUAAUUUCAGUGGAAACGAAGGAGCAUUGAAUUACAAUAAUCGAGGCCGAGAAUGAUUUUUUAUUUAAUAAAGCUUUAAUCAGACAAUCAUGUGGUUUUCCUUUUGGAGAUCCAGAGAUCGAUUCUCCUUGGAUGAACUCAGAUAUUUAACUGGUCAGCUUCAGAAUGUCCAAAUUGUAAAUGAGGUUAAUAAGGAUUUUGUCGUUGAGGCACUGAGAUCGAUAGCAGAGUUGAUCACUUACGGUGAUCAACAUGAUUCAAAAUUUUUUGAAUAUUUUAUGGAGAAGCAAGUCAUGGGGGAGUUUGUGCGAAUACUAAAGAUCAGCAGAACAGGGAACGUUUCACUUCAGUUGCUGCAGACAAUGAGCAUUAUGAUUCAGAAUCUUAAGAGUGAACAUGCCAUAUAUUAUAUGUUCAGUAAUGAACACAUUAACUUCUUAAUUACUUAUAAGUUUGACUUCCACAAUGAAGAACUAUUGUCUUACUACAUUUCGUUCUUAAGAGCAAUAAGUGGAAAGCUGAACAGGAAUACUAUUUCUCUGCUUGUAAAGACUCAAAAUGAAGAAGUGGUUUCUUUUCCACUAUAUGUUGAGGCUAUAAAGUUUGCUUUUCAUGAAGAAAAUAUGAUUCGCACAGCAGUACGAGCUUUGACAUUAAAUAUUUAUCAUGUUGGAGAUGAAUCUGUUAAUAGAUUUGUUGCCAAGGUCCCUCAUGCUGAUUAUUUUUCAAAUUUGGUCACAUUUUUCCGGAAGCAGUGCAUUGAUCUGAAUGUGUUGGUCUCUAAAGUUCUAAAAAAUUCAGACUCAGGGACAGAUGCCACAGCUGUGGUUCUUGCUGCUGUGGAUGAAAUUGAAGACAAUCUCUACUAUUUUAGUGAUGUGAUUUCUGCUGGGAUUCCUGACGUUGGAAGGUUAAUAACUGACAAGAUGUUGCAACUUUUGAUACUUCCAUUGCUCCUUCCAUCCUUGCAUUCCGGUCCUGUCAAUGAAAUAGAGAUUGGUGCUGUCACUGCCCUGUAUCUACUCUGUUGCAUCUUACACAUAGUUAAAAUAAAGGACUUGGCAAAUACUAUUGCUGCUGCGCUCUUCUGUCCACCUGAGGUCUUUAUUCCAAAAUAUGAAGCUAGGCUCAAUGGUCACUUGCCUGAUCAUGGACAUAAAACUGAGACCCAACAAUUGGAAAGUGAUAAUGUCACUGAGGAUGAUACUUGUCUAAAAGUGACUUUGCCAAGAUUGGCUGUUUCUUUGCAAGUUCAUCCUGAAAGUAUUGCAGAAAAUGGUUGUAGUAGCUCACACCGGACUUUGAGGGAUUCCUUACUUUCUUACAUUACAAGUGGUGAUGAUCAUCAAGUACUGGGUUCCUUGAGUGUGCUGGCUACACUAUUGCAAACAAAAGAAUUAGAUGAAACAAUGCUAGAUGCUCUUGGAAUUCUGCCGCAACGAAAGCAACAUAAGAAACUGUUACUGCAAGCGUUGGUUGGUGAGAGCUCGGGUGAAGAUCAACUUUUUGCUUCAGAAAUCGGCUUUACAAGAGAUAGUUUUAGCAAUGAGCUUGAUAGUUAUCUACAACAAUUGAAGGAGCACUAUAGAGUGGAGUGCUAUUUCCCAGAGGUGGGAACAAGCCCUCGUGUACAUAGAUUUCAGGUGCUUGAUGCAUUGGUCAGUCUCUUUUGCCGGUCAGAUAUAUCCGCAGAGACACUGCGGGAUGGUGGUUGGCUUGUGCGUCAGCUACUUCCUUACAGUGAGGCAGAGUUCAAUAGACAGCAUCUGAAACUGCUUAAGGAUUCAUACGAGAACAGUGUUGGUGCUCUUCUAGAGGAGACCAGAGGUCUCUGGCCUGAUCUACUUGUGAUGGUCCUAUGUGAUGAAUGGAAAAAGUGCAAAAGAGCAAUUGAAGCUUCAUCACCUAGGAAAGAGCUGAAGUUCAUACUCUUGCCAAUACAGAAAUCUUUUUAUGAUGAUAUUCUUCCUAGUGAAUCAUCAUUAGUUGCUGGUGAAAGAAUGUGCGAGUUAGUGAAGGUGUUUGUACUUCUUCAUCAACUUCAAAUUUUCUCCCUUAGUAGGGCUUUGCCUGAGCAACCUCCUAUAUGUUUUCCAAUUGAUAUCCCUGAAAACUCGCGUGCAAAGACUGCUGGCCUAGAUGUUUCAGGUCCAAAACCAGGCAUGGAGUUGAGAAUUGUUGAUGCCGUGCCUUGUAGGAUUGCAUUUGAGAGGGGUAAAGAACGCCAUUUUUGCUUUCUAGCAAUCUCUGUGGGCACAUCUGGGUGGAUCCUCCUCAUAGAAGAAUUACCUCUAAAGCAGCAUUAUGGAGUUGUCCGAAUUAUUGCACCUUUGCCUGGUUCCAACCCUAGAAUGGAUGAUAAGCAUCCAAGAUGGUUACACUUACGCAUCCGUCCAUCCUCUCUGCCUUUUCUUGAUCCUGCUAAAUCUGCAAACUACAGAAAGAUGAAGCGAAAAUUUUUGGUUGAUGGGAGAUGGACCUUAGCAUUCAGGAAUGAGGAAGCUUGCAAGCUUGCUUUGUCUAUGAUUCUCGAAGAGAUUAAUCUACAAAGCAAAGAAGUUGAGAGAAGACUAAAACCUUUAUUUGAAUUUCAAGGAGCUGAAGAGGCUUCAAACCAAUCUUUGCAUCAGUUUGAGGCUUUGUCAUCUAGUGCAACGUCCAAUUCAUUGUAAGUUUGUAAUUGGCUUGAGUUUUCCAAUAAUAGUUUGCUAUAUGCUUUGGGUGGGAAUAUUUUAUGUCUGGUCACCCUCCUGUAUAUGUUUAUAAGGCAAUAUUAGGUACAUCCAAAAUGUAGAUUAGCACCCCCAAUUUUAGUGCCAUUCUUUGUCCAAUAGCUUCUCUUACUGUGAUUUGUUAGUUUAGUGGGUAUUUCCUCUCAUUCUUUAGUUGAUCUAACCCUAGGGUUGGUUUUUCCUUUUUCUAAUUUGUAAUCUGUGUAACAUAAUGUAUAUUUGAGCUGAGUUCAUAGUAAAAAGCUUUUAUAUACCGCAUUUCACAUAAUGCCUUUGCAACUUAA